AUGACAACCAGUGAUGAAAUGGGUGGCAAUUUCUGUCAUGACCAUAUCCAACAUCCGUUGAUGUGGUGCGAUGAGAAGAAGCGUUUAGUUGAGCGCAAAAACGCCGAGGAAAGUUUACGUAUGUGGAGACGUCGCAAGGCCGAGGAAUGCGCCCGCAAGGAGAAGGACAAACAGGAGUAUUACGAUCUUUUUCAUCAACAUUGUCCUUGGGGUCGGCCAGGUGGUGGUGCACCCAAUAUUGAAGUGCGACGCAAGGACAUUACGGCCGUCGGCCUUCAUUCGACGCCCACUGUGACCACUGCUCACAGGAUGAACUCACUGCAGCCAUGCCGCUACAAUGAUUACUUCUCGAUGCAAAAGAAAUGCAGCAAUAAUCCACUGGCUGCUUAUCAUCAUCAUCAUCACCAUCAUCCGCCUCCGGGACCACCGCCAGGGGGUCGUUUGGCCCAUGCCCAUUCCAUACAUCAUCUGCAGGAGAGCGGACCACGUAGCAGCACUGUCACCAUUUGCGAACGGGAAUUGCCACCACCGAAAGCGAGGCACCCAGCGGGUGAGAGUCUUCAGAUACAACUGAAAGAGCAUCCAUCAAUGUCUUUUCGCAAUAAAGGACAUGUGGAUAUUGAAUUGCGUUACCAGAAGCCCUCGCCUCCAUGCAAGGGCAAGCCGCCGUUGCUCGACAAGAUUGUGGUCAGUGAGAGUGAAGGGCCGCCGUGUCCUCCGCCUCCCCAGCCUCCCGGCCACUGUCCAUUGCAAGAGAAACUGGCCACACAGAAGAAGCGUUUGCAGGCCAAACUGGAAAAGCCGCCCUGCAAAGAGCCGUGGGGCAAGGCGGGGCCUGGCGGCAAACCUUGGCGCAGUCACAAAGAAGUUGGCAACUGUUUCAUGAAGUCAUUGGGCUGGACCAACAAGGAGAUGUUAAAGGAACUGGACCAAGAUAAUCCAGUUACUCCAGCCGAGAAGAAUACAUUCCGCAAAUCGAGAACCAAUCAUAAGCAACAGCCAAAGCCUCAACGGUGCUGUGAACGUUGCACUUGUACUUGCCCCGCCAUGAAUAGCCCACAGAAGCCAGUGGUGGUGGUGGGUCCCAAAAAGGUUUCUAGCUGCCCAUCGCCACCCAAAGUGGUAAUGCAUCAUCACCUCAAGCCGCAGGAAUGCGGCAAAACGGUGAAACUAUGUCCACGAAUGGGACGUGCCGCCCAUUGUCCAGGCAGCAAUGGUGCCACUAGCACAGCUACUCCCGAUGCCAGCACGGCAGACAACAAUGGCAAUGGCGGCGGAGUGGAGCUAGUGCCUCUGCUGGCCCGACGACGCGGCCUUCAUCGACCCAUUAGCCUGUCCAGUACGGACGUUACCAAGAGGACACCGUCGCAUGAUAGGUAUGCAUCCAAACACCCGAACAAGAUCAAGUGCAUCAACAGCAUCAUCAAGAACAUCAGCCACAUGAAGCGGUUGCCCAAGUUGCCAUGCUGCCAUGGCAACAAUUGCCCCACAGCCACUUUCAAUGCGGGCUGCUGCCUCAAGCGGCUCAUCGUGCACAUACGUUAGGCUCCACCUUCACCUCU